AUAAUUUCUCUCUCUCUCUCUCUCUCUCUCUUUCUCUCUCCUAUAUAUAUAUAUAUAUAUAUAUAUGUACUGUGGUUGGAGAUGUUGAAUGCGGUGAGGUUGCAGGUUUCUGCAAGGCCGAUUUGCAGCUGUGGAAGGAACGGCGCCGUCGCUUCUUCUCACCGCCGGUUGAGUGUCCGGCUACCAACCCGCCGCUAUUUCGCUUCAUUCACUGUUCAGUCGUCCGAGAAUGUGUCGUCCGAGCCGUCGGCUUCGUCUCAGCUUACGUCCGCAAUCGGAUCCUCGUCUGCGCUUCAACCCUCUCAGUGGACCCUCACUCACCGCCACAUUCACUUCCUCAGUUACAUAGCCUGCGCCGCAGCAAUUUCUGCGACAUGGCUCUUCUGCUCAGCAAUUCCAACGCUUCUGGCCUUUAAGAGAGCUGCUGAGUCACUGGAAAAGCUAAUGGAUGCUACGAGGGAGGAGCUGCCUGACACAAUGGCUGCUGUUCGAUUGUCUGGGAUGGAAAUCAGUGACUUAACGAUGGAGCUCAGUGACCUCGGCCAAGAAAUAACACAAGGAGUUAGGAGUUCAACUCGAGCAGUUCGUUUGGCAGAAGAAAGAUUGAGACGGUUGACAAACAUGAACCCAAUAGUAUCCGUGCAGGAAGCGGCCCCAAGAAAAGCCCAGAUAGCAAGGCCAGUUCUAGCUAGAACUGCACGGGGCAUAAGGGAGGGAAUUGUUAAAGGUCGUGCCAUCCUGCAAAUGUUUUUCACUCUAACCCGGUAUUCUAAAAUUCUCCUGAACUACUUCUCUUCUCGAGCAAAGGCAUAGCCCAAGGUCCUAGUUAAUCUGCUAGUGGGAACGUUGAAUGCUUCCAUAUUUAUACAUCCUUUGGUUGGACAUUUGAUUUCAAAUAUGCAUCUUUGCUUCAAGUCCCCCAGAAAACUCUUAUGUCUAAUUCUUAGUCAUGCAUGUUAUUUUAUGUUUGAUCUUCGCUUGUCAGAUGUCAACUGUAUGUAUUGAUCAUUUUGCUAGUCGAGGACUGCAAAAACUGUUAAUCAUGUCGUUUUAGCUGA